AAACUGGUGGAUGGUUUACGUCCGAAUCAGGAGGAGCAUGAGAUUGAUAUGGAUUUUGAACCGAUGACGGCUACACCAAUACGCGCGCAUAAACGGUUGCAGUUUAAUAUGUUCAUACAACCUAUACCAAAGUUCAAAUUAAUGAAGAAUUUUCCGGAGGCACUGCUGCCUCUGUUCUGGGUAGAGGAAGGAAUAACUCUCGACGACGAGUUCGUCAAUAAAGUGAAGAUGGUGUUUAAAGUGUUGGCGGUUGUCGGAUCUUAUCUCAGUAAACCAUGA